UAUGUGUUUACCUUAUUUCGACAGCACUGUCGCGUGAAGUUUGAUUGCCAACUUUGUGGAAACUUUGCUAAAAGUUAUUAUUUCGAUUGUUUGAUCGUAAUAUGCGAGUUUAUUGUAUGCUGGUGCGGUUCAACGAGGAAAGUUUGGUGGCUGACCUCGUGAUCUUCAUGAGAAGCGGGUAACAAUCGCGAUGGAAACAUGUCGUUCCUAUGGGAGAACUGGAAGCACCACAGGCACAAAUGUUGAAAAUGACACAAAUAGUUUCCAUGGCAACGCCACCAGCAAUGGCAGAUACAGAGGUCGCAUCUGUAGCAGUGUGGAUGAGGAACAGAGACCUGGAGAGACUCUUCAGGAGUACCUUGACAGGCACGAAGCAUUGAACGGUAAUACCUGUCACAGCAGCUCCAGGUCUACAUUCCGCAGUGGAUCUGAGUUGACCAGUGAGUCGGACUUCAUGGAUGAGAGACGCAACUCCAACCAGUCUGACACUGAUGUCUUCCUUCCAUCCCCGCAGCCAGAAAUCAACGAACAGAGGCGGAUCCUGGACCAGAAGAGACGGGAGCUACCACCGGGCCAUCGCUCAUCGAAACGAGUCGCUGAUUACGUCAAUGGACUCCCAAUCAUUCCAGAGCCACCGGCGCAAGAAGGGGUGCAGAGCAAGGGGAACAUAGGGCAGGUGAAGAGGCAACGGAUCUGGUCAGAGGGUCACGAAAGACGAAGAAGGUUCACUGAAUCAGGGAGUCUCAGCUUUGCAGAGGGGAUGACACCGCAGAAACAUGCAGCAAGUACUUCAAGUUCCAACUUAUCCAUGUUGUCUAGCCUCUCCAGCCAGUCUGGCAGCUAUGCUUGGUUUGAAUCGGGAGAAGAUUUUGAUAAGACGUUGCUGCCAUGGCCUGAAGAACCAUCCUCACAACCCCUGCCACAGCAACAACCACCCUCACCACGACCAAUGCCUACCACAGAACAGAUGGAACAACCAACAGUGGGGAAACAUGGCUGGAAUGAUAACUACCAUACUAUGCGUGCAGUCAAACUACCGCCCAAACCAAAAGGUCCGGCCAAGGAGCAAGCCUUUCCUGGAUCCUCGCUCAAAUCACCGUCUCAAUGGACGAGGAGCUCAACAACAGAGGGCUCUGCUCCUACACAUGAAACACUUCCAACUCCAAACAAAGAUAAGCCUCUUCAUCGGCGUAUGACUAACAGUGAUCUGAUUGCGCUAGCUACCCAGCAUCGUCAGCAGCACACCACCCAUCGGCGGCGCCAGAACCUUCUCCAGAUGGGGACGAGCAACGUUUCGGACUCUUCUGAUACAGACACAAGCGGACAGUCCUACUCAAGCAUUGACGACCUGCUCAUCGCCAGACAUGAUCCUGAAGAGAUCCUACUCAACCUCGGGUUCGGUGGGUCCCCAGAGACCGACGUCCUGGAUCGCAUCCCUUCAAGGUUCCUACAGAAACAGUCUCAAGCUAGGGGCAUCUCUACUCAUCAGUUCCUAUCCCAGAUGGAUGAGCUGGAGAGAGGAUGUGGAUUCAGUCUGGUAGGUGGUCUUAGAAGCCUGGGUUCUGCUCUGCGUAGAUCAUCUAGGAUGUCUCUCUCCCCUACUCCUCCAAAUAUUACCAACAAAUCCGUCAAGGUCGCUUCAGAACCCCAACAGAAAGAGCCUGUAAAGACAGAGCCACACAAUGUGCUUCCAGAUGACUUGAACCACAAUGUGGAGACAGCAGUAAAGAGCAUAGAGGUCAUUGCUGAAACAGGUCGCAGGGUUAAAGGUCAUCGCAAACUGGUUCAGCAAUCCCGCGUUGGUGACAUUGUACUGACACCAGUGGUAGAAUCACAUCAGGUUUGUUGUGAAACAUUACGAAGUGAAGGUCAAAGGGUGGAGGUCGUAACGGGCUCAAGGAGGGACGUCAUGCCCCAUAGAUCUGCAUCAGAUAGGCAUAAUCCAAGCACCACACUCAAGUUGCAGAGUGGAAGUGCCAAACUGGAUAAGAGAACAGAGAGAGAAGUAGGCGAUGAGCCAAGUGAGGCGCGUAGUCCUGUGAGAGAGUUCAACCAGGAGAAAGGGUCAGUUCUUAAGCCAAGGAUCUCACAACUCAGUAACACACAUUCAGGAGCAGCCACUGGUCGUGGUCUUCAGUCAAGGGAAGACUCGUUUGAGUUUGAAGAGCUGUCUAGUGAGGAGAGACUUGAAGAUGCUAAUGGGGCUAUUCAUACUGGUGAAGCUGCUCUGAAUAACCAAGGAAAUUUGAGCCGUAGUGAUAGCACUCAAUCAGAUAGUAGUGGUUUUGCAGAUGAGAACAUUGGAUGCAACGAGAUGGACUCACCCAAGAGCACUUCCGAUGACAACACUACCAUUACCUCAGAUUCCAAGAUUACCCAGACAAGUUUUGAUGCCAAUACCAUAGAGCUCUUGGACUCUGGUACUGCUACCUCACAUAAGAUUACUGCACUAACACUGAGCCAGGAAUCAUCGCAAAGUCUUCCUUCUGUAACCUCUCUGGAGGAUUCCCCCUUUGAUGAUGCAAUAGUGGUGACAGAAUUACCUACAAGCAACUCACAGCGCACAAGACGUUGUACAUACCCUGCAACACUUGACAGGAGAGUGGAAGAAUCAGGACCAAAAACUGUCGUCGAGAUUUUGUCUUCCCUGCACACAACCUCUAAAGAACUUGGUAAGGAGGAUAGCAAGCAAGGUUUGCCUGGGCCAACCAGGCGGAAGCCUCCCAAAUUGAUGAAAAUGAAAAGUGUGGAUCCAGAAGGGUAUGGGUUUAAAUGUACGGUUGAAAGUAGAGGGGUCCAAACUCAAGUGGAAGCCACUGUGAAUGCGUUACAUGAACGAAGUUGUGAGGUUUUACAUGAAGUAGAUGAAGAUAUCCUCGGUCAAGAUGGGUUGUCCGAUGGAAAUGUUGAUCAUGAAACCAAAGACGAUAGACCUGUGCAAUCUGUAGAGGAGUAUUCCAUUCCUGAUGGACCAUGCGCGCAACAUGUGGUUGAAAAAUGUAGUGCUGCCAUUGAGAAAAAUUGUGAAGAAGUGUGUGAGGGGUCUGAAGCUGCACCCAUUGAAUCCAAAAUCAUUCCAAUCUGCAGGAGCCAUGAGGCACAUGAACGUCUUUCGAUAGUACCCUCUCAUUCCACAGAGUGUCUCCCAGUAAAGUCUGAACAAACUUCUGAAAAUGAACACCAAGUAAGGUGUGAUAACAUAGAAAUAAAUCCUGCAAUACCAGUUGUAAGUGAAUCUAACAUUGUGCAGCUUAGUAGCCAAGUAACAAACAAAUCUUUAUCAGAGAAUCUAUCUACUUGUAUAAAAGAGAAUAUAUCUAGUAUUGAACAUCGUAGCUGUGAUGGAGCCAUUGUGGAUGGUGAGGAAAAAGGAUGUUGGAUAGAACGGACUCUGUCUGAAAUCAACCUAUGUGAAAUCAGUAGUCAGACAUCUAGCACAGUGACAGAUGACGUUGGUACGUCUUUAAUCAAGUGCCAAUGGGAAAGGAAACUGCCAUUUAGUGUGUACAGCUCAAGUGAAUUUGAAGUAGAAGAUUAUGAAAUAAAUAGGGAACUAGAUUUAAAUGAAAUGCUAAAAAAUAAGAUCCUUGAUCAGCAGAAAGAUGUGGAGGAAGUAAUUCACCCAGUCGAGAACGAGGUGUUUAAAACAUCAAGUACUUUUGAGACAUCGGCAAUAAGUGUGGUUGCAUCAAAUGAAGUUUCAUCUGUAGAAGACAUCAGACAUCACAGUGCUUCCUCGGGGGAGACUGAACAGCCAAUCACAACUCAGGAUACUAAAUCACAUGAUACCAUGCUGCCAACAGAAUCUGCAGAGCCAUCCUUUGCAUUGUCAGAGCACUUGCCUCACUUUGACGACACACAUCCUUCCACAGCUCAAAGCACUGCCCCUCUAGAUCUAGUCACAUCAUCUGCACCAAACCCCUCCCAAGACGCAGUGUCAGAUGGGAGAUCUGAAAACCUUGAGGCCACAUCUUCUGAGGUCAAGGAAGGUGCUGUAGAUGUCCCUAAAGUACCUCAACAGUCGUUUCUAGAAGAUGCGUCGCAACCGCUCUCGGAUUGUUCCAAGGACACAAGGAUAGAGAUGAUCAGCAAAGAGGAACACUGUAAAGCUAGAGAAGAACUCAAAGCACUUCUAUCAACUCAGGAUUAUCCAUCAUCAUCACCAUUGAAAUCAGCUAGAUCAGCCAACCAUGACGAGGCUGUUGAGGAUCUAAAGCUCCUCCAGAGGGCACUAGGAAGGUACGACCGAGAUCUUGAAGAGCUGGAAUCGUGGUCUUCAAAACUCUUCCAAGAAGUUGGAUUUGCUUUAAGCCCAGAAGAAAGAUCUGACUUACAAAGCUUGUCAUCUGUUCGUCACAAGAUCAAGGAUGAGAUUCAAAGUCUUGAAAAGAAUCUUUUGGAGAAAUUCCAGGCAGUGAUCUCCAGGGAUACGGAGCAUGAAACUAAAGAGGAGUCUUUGUGGUCACCUGGCCUGUCUCAAGUCAUGUGUCAGAUGGUAGAUUUACUCAAAGAGCAGACAUCCCUGCGUAGCUUCCUGGAUGAUCUCCAAGCCCUGGAGUACAGCACCUCGCCCAUUCCUGCCUGGUCUGCAAGAGCAUCAUCACCAAAGCGCAGGAAUCUCCUGGCCGAUGCCACCCACGGUGGCUCGGUGGAUGAAAGCGAUGACGGGAAUCGCUCGGAAGGAGAGGCAGACCUGACUGAUGAGGUCGCUUCCGCCUGCGGUGACCUUCCAUUCCCUCAAACCCUGAGCCAGGGGGAGUUGAUCGAGGAGCUGCAGAAAGCACAGAGUGACCUGAAGAAGAUGAAAGCUCAAGCCAAGCAAGAUGUUGUCAUGGCAGUCAGAGAGGUGAGACAGUCUAUCCUGUCUGAAGUGAGGAGGGAAAUUCAUAUGGAAUCCCAAUUGUUGCAAGUUCAGAUGCAGGCUAAAGACAUUGAGAUAGAGAACCUGAGAUCGAUGGUCAGAGAAUUGAAGGAGACCAGUUUGACCAUGUCAGGUUUCGAGACAUUUUUCCGCCAGAUGGCAAGAGACAAGGAAAGCUGAGAUGGAAAACUUGGAAUCGAUGGUCAAAGAGUGGAAGAGACCUAUAUGACUACAUGUAUGUCCAGUGUUGAGACAUGAAACCACCAGUGGGCUGAGGGACAAGAGUAGCUGAGAUGGAGAUCUUGAGAUUGAUGGUCAGAGGUGAAGGAGACCAACUUGACCAUGUCCAGUUUUGAGAUGUCUUUUCUUCCAGUCAGCAAGAUGAGAGGACAACUGAGAUACAGAGCUUUAGUUUGAUGGUCAGAGAACUGAAGGAGACCAGCUUGACCAUGUCCAGUUUUGAGAUGUCUUUUCUCCAAGUCGGCAAUAUGCAAGGACAACUGAGAUGCAGAGCUUUGGUUUGAUGGUCAGAGAACUGAAGGAGACCAGCUUGACCAUGUCCAGUUUUAAUAUGUCCUUCCAUAACUAGUCAAGAGAGAAAGAUGCUAGGACAACUGAGAUACAGAGCUUUAGUUUGAUGGUCAGAGAACUGAAGGAAACCAGCUUGACUAUGUCCAGUUUUGAUAUGUUCUUACACCACUGGUCAAGAGAGAAGGAUAAUCAAGUUCAGCCUUGAUGGAAGAGAAAAUGCAUCGAAAGAAAGUAAAGAUUCCAUUACUAUGUGACCUAUCUGUGUUGGGUUUGAUGGGUUUAGGAUGUCAUCAGUUGGAAGGAGAUAUUGUUAGUAGUAUUAAAGAGAAGUUAAUGCAAGGGGCGUGUCUUACUUUUCAGUCUUCUAGAUUAAGGCUUGUGUACGUGUAAACCCUUCGUCUUAAGAAUGUAAGAGAGAAAGGGAAGUAGUAUUAACACCAAUUUGAGGAGGCAGAGCUGAUUGAUUAAGACCUUUGGAAACCCUGUAACACUAUGGGUUAAAUGUGUGGAAAAAUUAAAGAAAUGAUGAAGCUCAGAUUGCAAGACAAGUUUUCUUUCAAUAUUUUAUUAAAAUGAUGUCAAGUUUGAUAAGGGUUUGUAGGUUUCUGAAGAUGAUUUUCCAGUCCAACCUCAAACCCAUAUAUUGUUAUGUUUCAUUCCAUAAAUUUUUUAUCAGAUUGAAAAGAAGGGGAGAAAAAAAAUCUAAGCUCCAUCGCAGUUGUUUCAGAGGUGAAAACUAACUUAUAUUCUGUCUACGAUCUUACUACUGUCAUAUGGUUGUAAUGUGUAAUAUUUACAACUUAAAAUUUACGACUCGAAAUUUACAACUUAAAAUUUACAAUUUAUACAGCUGUGUGGGUGAUUUGAAUAAACCUCUAUGAUAUAAUUGCAUUGCAGUGAGAUUUGGUGUUGCUAGAUUUGCAAGGUUGCCUCAACUUCGAAGUUCUCCAGGUUCACUCUAAGCAAUGUCUAUAAUGAUGCAUGGAACAUCAAAAUGUGUGGCACUGUAUCUUUUCAUACAAACAGGAACAAUAUGAGACCAUUUUCUACAAAGUUUUGGUACAAUUCCUUUUUAGUACCUGGACUAAACGUUACCUUAAGAGUAGUUGGUUGAUAGCUGACAAAAACAGUAAACAGUGGGCAAGAAUGUGUGCUAGUCAACUCUAAAGACAAUGAUAAAGUAUAAUUGUAUGAUUGGAAGAUUUUAUAUUUUUGGGGCGAGUGUUUGGUGCAGAGAUAUUUAACGGUGCUUUUUGGUUGUUGUUCUUGUUGCUAUGUUAUUAUUUUUUGCAAUAAUCAUUUUACAACUUUGCUGUUCAUGCAAUUCCACAGACAAGUCAUCAUCUUUUCAAUAAUUUUUCAAGUAAUCUAUUCAAAUAUGAAGGUGUACCGGUACACAUAACUAAAUAUGCUGUGUUAUAUUCAUUGAUGGCAAACUUUACCAUCUAUGGUAAGUUUUGUGCAACGGGCCUAGAGGGUUUCAAAGCCAGGGCCAGAUCCUGCGUCCUGCACUGGACCGAGAUUGUGUAGUGAGUUGAGAAGAAGAAGUUAAAUUUGUUGCAAAUGCCAUCUUUUUGAACUAACAAAGCAAUUUGCAUCUUCAUAAUGUGAUUCAUAAUUUCAUAUGCAAAGAUUAUUAUAUACACACUGUAUUUGCAUUAUGGAAAGCAUGUGGUUUCAUUUUUUAAUUACCGGGAAUU